UUUCGAACCUCGUCAAUUCCCUUAGUGCAAGCUUAGCUACAUACGACACGAACCAUCAUGGCCUCUGCGGCAGUUCAAGUUCCACCCAGCCACAAACCAUCGCCACUUACCCAACAGACCUCUAUCCCUAACUCCUCCGAAAAGCCCCACCACGUUCAAACAAAACUGUACUUUCUGAAAGAGGUUGAGGAUGGUUCUCAUCUCACUCCAAACUAUGUUACACGGCCCGAGACCUACGAACGGCCCUCCGUCGCGCUCGACGUCACCGUUCACGACGUAAGCGGUCAUGAGCUAGACUACACACUGGAUAAAAAUGGUUUCCAGUACUACUACCAUGAGAGCCUUGAGAAGGACUUCCUUGAUGACGAGAAAAUUGCAAGAGAAUACUAUCCGGAAACCGAACAGCUUUUGAAAGACGCGACUGGCGCUUCUCGUGUCUUCAUUUUCGACCAUACUAUUCGCCGUGCACCCAAAGAUGUGCGAGCCACGUCCACGCCCCAAAGGGGACCUGUCCAGCGUGUGCACAUCGACCAGUCUUACGAAGCGGCGAAGAACCGUGUCACUUACCAUCUUCCUGAGGACGGACCCGAGCUCCUCAAGGGGCGUUAUCAGAUCAUCAAUGUUUGGCGGCCUAUCAAGCCAAUUCUGAAAGACCCAUUGGCUGUCGGGGAUGCUCAUACGCUUCCGGAUAGUGACCUCGUGGGCAUCAAGCUUAUCUACCCUAAUCGGGAGGGCGAGACAUAUGCGGUUAAGCCCAACCCUGAUGUUAAAUGGUACUAUCGCUACGGGCAGACGCCUGAUUUGGUCACCUUGAUCAAGUGCUUUGACUCCAAGACGGAUGGUCGGGCUCGCAGAGUUCCUCACUCUGCGUUUGUUAACCCAGACACUGUGAAUGAGGAGCCACGGGAGAGUAUUGAAGUGAGGGCAUUGGUCUUCCAUCCGGAUGAUCAGGAGUAGGUUUUCAUCACUAUGAUUUAUGGAUUUGUCCUGCGUUUUGCCUUUUCAUGAUUAU